UGGCACCAGCGCUGCAGCAGUUCCGCUAAAUGUCCGCUUCUGCUGCCGAGGAUUAGUGAGCUACACUCCGGGACGACAUCGGCUUCUUACUGUGUCGGUCACCGGGUUCCACGGUUUGCCACCAACAAAGGAUAGCCUUAUUAUUUACACCACUUCGGAGAUUUAGGGAUGAACUGAGGAUGAAUGUAAACCAGCACACUCCAAUGGCCUCUCCAUAUGGCCAGCCCCAGCCUGGCUACAGUCAGCCUGGCUACGUUCCCCUGGAUGGGGGAUACCCUGGCCCGUACGCCCCCUACAACGGCCCUGCUUCACCCUAUCAGCCCGGGGCACCGCCACAAGGUUAUUCUCCUUUCACAAGCUUUCCCUCUAAGGCUGUGGCAGCCAAUCCAGUCUCUGACCUCUCUUCUCCUCUUGACUUAGGCAUUUCAGGUCCUGCCAGGGGUCCCCCCACCACUGGACCCCUUCCCGUCUCAGCACCUCACCAGUAUAAUCAGUACAGUCACAGUCAAGGGGACAUGCAAAAUGGACCCCCACCUAUGACGCAGGCACAACCCAGGCCUCCUGUGUCUCAGCCAUACAACCCGGGAGCUAUGAAUAUGUCGGGGCCUCACCCCACCUAUCCUCAACACUACGGGCCUCCACCCACAAUGCAGCAGGUCUCCAACCAAAUGUCUGGGAUGCAGAUCACCUCUGGACCACCGACCCCAGCUGGUCCAGGAUAUGCUCCACCUCACAGCUCCCAGCCUCCCGUCAGUACUGCCUACUCGGCCCCACCUCCGCCCUCCUACACCCAGGCUCCUCCUCCCGUGUCCUCUGCUCCCACCCAGCCACCACCUCCCAGUGGCCCCGCAGCUUCUCAGCAAUACUAUGGAAGCCCACCGCCUCCUUCUCAACAGCCAUUCAACUCUUCUCUCCCCCCUACCUCUCAACAGCAGUUCACCUCUUCUUCUGUACCACCGCCUCCAUCACAGCAAACUUUACCUCCAUCCUCCUACUCGGGUCCUGCACCUCCACCCGGUCAAGCUCCUGCUCCCCCGGUGUCCCAGCCGCAGCAGUCCUUCCCUCCAUCCCAGCCUCCACCUACCAGCCAACCUGCCUUCACCCCUGGCCCACCCCCCACUGCCCCGGGCUCCUUCACACCUCAAGCACCCCCACCUUCCUCUCAGUCUGGGUCUUUUCCUCCUCCUGGUCCUCCUCCCACCUCAGCUCCUUCUUGUCAGUACCCAGGCCCACUGCCACCACAGCAGCAGCCCCCUCCAUCCCAGCCGUUCCCCUAUCACUCAGGGCCCCCUCCUCCCAGAGCUCAGAUGCCUCCCACUUCCAUGGCUCAGAGCAACCACCUGCCUCCAGGACCUCAGGGCCCACCAGGCCCCCCUGGGCCCCUGCAGCAGCCUCCAUCACAGCCUGGCAUGCAGACAGGAUACCCUCCUCAGCAGAAUGGGGCGUUUGGGCAGGUGAGAGGCCCUCAGCCUGGCUAUGCAGGCCCUUAUCCCGGGCAACCAAACUAUGGAGCCCCUGCACCAGCACCAGCUCCUGCUCCACCUGCACAGAAAAGACUCGACCCAGAUGCCAUUCCUAGCCCGCAAGCGUCUGACAUGCCGGCUGUGCAGAAAUCAAGACAUAGAAUAGAUCCAGACGCUAUCCCCAGCCCAAUCCAGGUAAUAGAAGAUGACAAGGCAAAGAGCACCGAGCCAUUCACCACCGGGGUCAGAGGUCAGGCCCCACCGCUGGUCACCACCAACUUCCAGGUCAAAGACCAAGGGAACGCCAGUCCCAGGUUUGUUCGCUGUACGGCCUAUAAUAUGCCUUGCACAGCCGAUAUGGCCAAGCAGUCUCAGGUGCCACUGGCUGCCGUCGUCAAGCCCCUUGCCAUGCUGCCGCCUGAUGAGACCCCUCCGUACCUGGUGGACCACGGCGAGGGCGGUCCAAUCCGCUGCAACCGCUGCAAGGCCUACAUGUGUCCGUACAUGCAGUUCAUAGAAGGAGGCCGCCGCUUCCAGUGUGGGUUCUGCAGCUGUGUCACAGAGGUGCCUCCACAUUACUUCCAGCAUCUGGACCACACUGGUAAGAGGGUGGACUGCUAUGACCGGCCGGAGCUUUCGCUGGGCAGCUAUGAGUUCCUGGCAACCGUCGACUAUUGUAAGAACAACAAGCUUCCACAACCUCCAGCCUUCAUCUUCCUCAUCGAUGUGUCCUACAACGCUGUGAAGAGCGGAAUGGUCAACAUCGUCUGCCAGGAACUCAAGACCCUGCUGGACUACCUGCCCAGGGAGAACCCAGAAAUGGACUCUGCAGUGCGGGUGGGUUUCGUCACCUACAACAAGGUUUUGCACUUCUACAACGUCAAGUCCAGCCUGGCCCAGCCGCAGAUGCUGGUGGUGUCGGACGUGUCAGACAUGUUUGUCCCGCUGCUCGACGGCUUCCUCGUCAACGUAAACGAAAGCCGGCUAGUUAUCGAGAGUUUGCUGGACCAGAUCCCAGAGAUGUUUGCAGACACCAGGGAGACAGAGACGGUCUUUGGACCCGUCAUCCAGGCAGGACUGGAAGCUCUCAAGGCCGCUGACUGUGCAGGGAAGCUGUUUGUGUUCCACACCUCUCUGCCCAUCGCAGAGGCUCCUGGCAAACUAAAGAACAGAGAAGACAAGAAGCUGAUUGGGACAGACAAGGAGAAGUCGCUGUUUCAGCCGCAAGUGGGUUUCUAUAACACUCUAGCCAAGGAGUGUGUUGCCCAGGGCUGCUGUGUGGAUCUUUUCCUCUUCCCCAACCAGUAUGUGGAUGUCGCCACGUUGGGAGUGGUUCCCGUCUCCACUGGAGGGUCAGUCUACAAAUACACCUACUUCCAGGCUCAGUUGGACCAGGAGCGAUUCCUGAACGAUCUCAGACGAGACGUUCAGAAGCUAGUAGGCUUCGAUGCUGUAAUGAGGGUGCGAACCAGCACAGGUAUUCGAGCCACAGACUUCUUUGGCUCCUUUUUCAUGAGUAACACCACAGAUGUGGAGCUGGCAGGCCUGGACUGUGACAAGGCCAUCACCGUCGAGUUCAAACAUGAUGACAAGCUCAGCGAGGAGACGGGAGCGCUCAUGCAGUGUGCUGUGCUUUACACCAGCUGCAGUGGCCAGAGGCGUCUCCGCAUCCACAACAUGGCAGUCAACUGCUGCUCUCAGUUGGCUGACCUCUACCGCAACUGUGAGACGGACACAAUCAUUAACUUCUUCUCCAAAUACGCUUUCCGUGGCGUCCUAAACAACCCCACGAAGGCCGUGAGAGACACUCUGGUCAACCAGUGCGCUCAGAUUCUGGCCUGCUACAGGAAGAACUGUGCAAGUCCUUCGUCUGCUGGUCAGCUGAUUCUCCCCGAGUGCAUGAAGCUACUCCCUGUUUACCUGAACUGCGUGCUGAAGAGUGACGUGCUGCUUCCUGGAGCUGACGUCUCAUUGGACGACCGGGCUUACCUGAGACAGCUCAUCAGCUGCAUGGACGUCACAGAGACCCACGUCUUCUUCUACCCUCGUCUGCUGCCACUGAUGAAGUUGGAAAGCGGGUCGUUGCCAGUGGCAGUGAGGGAUUCAGAGGAGAGGUUGUCAAAAGGUGGAGUUUACCUCCUGGAGACGGGACUCCACCUCUUCCUGUGGGUGGGAGCCAGCGUUCAGCAGGAGCUGCUGCUCAACAUCUUCGGCACGCCGAGCUUCGGCCAGAUCGACUCGAGCAUGACAAGUCUGCCAGUUCUGGACAACCCCUUCUCUCAGAGACUCCGAGAGAUCAUCGACUCCUUCAGAGCACAGCGAUCACGAUACAUGAAGCUGAUGGUGGUGAAGCAAGAAGACAGAGCCGAGCUGAUCUUCAGGCACUUCUUGGUGGAGGAUAAGAGUGCCAGCGGGGGAGCGUCAUACGUGGACUUCCUGUGUCACAUGCACAAGGAGAUCCGACAGCUGCUCAGCUAGACCUCCCCCCUUUCACCUGUAUGAGCCCCGACACUGGCCCUUCUCCCAUCCCAGCCGGUCACCUUUCAUCCUCCCAUGUGAAAGAAGGCGCUUUAUCUUUUUUUUCUUUUUCUUUUAAACCUGAUAAACUAAAGCUCUCCUUGCUGUCCGUCAGCUGAGCACCAGAGACCAGCUGGCAGAUCACGUCAUGUGUGUGACGAUGCGAGUGUUAGCGUGUGUGUGUGUGUGUGUGUGUGUGUGUGUGUGUGUGUGUGUGUGUGUGUGUGUGUGUGUGUGUGCGUGUGCGUGUGAGAGAGAGAGAGAUUGAGGAUCUGGUGUUAAUAAAGCUUUACUCUGCCUCAAAUCUACUGCUCCAACACAGCAGGAGCAAAAUAACUGACGAGGGAGGGUAAUGUAUAUAUACAAGUGAACAAUUAUGUAUGCAACAGAGUCAGAGAGCGAUGGAGACGGCUGAUGUUGACUGUAGUCGGUGUACUGUCUGUAUUACGAGCACUGAAAGGCUGUUCUGGGUGACACUCGGAUAGCAAACACUUUUUAUAUGAUUGAAUCCCAUUAGAGUGAAGGACGUCUGCAUACAAAGACGUAAAUUAAAUGAAUGCUGUUUUUCUGUCUCUUACCCACUGUAAUCAUGGCCUUAGUACCCUCCUCCCCAUGCUGCUCCAAUCAUCCAGAACGUGUGUGUGGUUUGUUUCCAGAUGUGAGAGGAUUAGUUUGCCAUUGCCCGAUUUUUUUUUUUUUUUUUUUAAAUCUCCUGCUGUGUCUCCAGGUGCAAGCAUCUGAGUUUAAGCCCUGGAUUAACAGCUGAAACUGAGUUGAGCUGAUUAGUUGUCACCCACAGAAAGCAUUAAAAAUGAACUUAAAAUCAAAAAUCUGGUUUCAGUGUCCACAUGUCAACUGAAAAUAAAGGUGCGCAUGACUGCUGUGGCUGAUUACAGUAAUUGGUGUAAUUCAGAUCGGUUUAAAUCGGCUUCAGUUUUCUUUAUCGGUGCGACCAUCUGGCUCGACUGUUGAUGAACCAGAUGUGCAUUUCAGAUUACCGUUGUGAUCCAGAUAUGAGGGCAAAGCUCUCGUUAGUUCCAAGUCUAUGCAGCGCUGAGACAAACUGAAGAAUAAAAGAAAGAGAAAAUAAAUGAGGCAUGUGAGCUUUUUCAUUUCAGCAUCAGAGUGAUGGAAACUCCCCUUUCUUUCCUGAUUCGUUUCUGUGGAUGACUGAGUCUGUUGACUUGUAGUGCUGCAGACUUUAUAUUAAUCAGAAGUGUCGAUGUCCAGAAUUGUACACAAAGCAGAUUUCCAGCAGACAGAAAUGAGCACAGAAUGACAGCAGAUCCAUGAAAAUGCCAGUUAAAUGUUUGCAAAUUUUGAGUUGUCGCCGCACUGAAAAGUUGGAAAAAAAGCUGUUCAGUGUGUAAAUAAAAUAUAUAAUCUGUACAGAAUUAAUAGAAAAUAACAAAUUUAAAGACCUGCCUGAACAGCUGUGGUUUGUGGAUGGUUGGUUUCUGUCACAAACAGCCGAAAAUAUAAAAUCAUGGCUUUUACUGAAGAGGGGAAGACAGGCUUUUUUGAUAGGUUUGUGAGUGUGUGUGUGUUUGUGCGAAUGUGGGGUCGGUCCUGGUGAAUUUCUCGUGAGGAACAGAGGGAUCAGCCAACACACACACACACACACACACACACACACACACACACACACACUACCCAUGAGAUUAAACUCAGUUAUCACUUUCUGUUUCUUUUUUAACGAUGUGACUUUGUGUUUGGUGUGUGUGUGCAGCCCUCUGUUCCGUCUUUCUGUUCACUGACUUUAAUUGACCCACCGUCUUGACUGUAAUCUUAAUUUCUGUCCCUUUUUUUUCCUUUGAUUCUUUUUUUUUCAUUGCCUCUUGGGACUGCUAAUAAAAUGAUUGUUAAAAGUGAAACUCA